AUGAUGAAUGAGAGAAGCACCAUAAUCAAUGCGCUGAAAAAUUCAGCAACCUCGCGUUUCAUCAAGAGGUUGACUCCGGACACUUCCCUGUCCUCUGUUGCGGAGGCACUUAAUGCCGUUCAGCAACACAGUGCAACAGAUCCGGUGAGAUUGAAGCUCUUCCAUACGCCUCGGAUGGUCUCGCAGGGGGCACAUUUUGCGUUCAGUUUGCCAACGAAAAAGCCCCAUUACAAGCCGUUGCUGCUUUCGCACAAGGCUCUAGAUGAGUUCAGUUUGAAACAGGACCGUGAUUUGGAGAAAAUUUUGGCUGGCGAAAAAGUGUACUUCUCCGAUGAUAUCUUUCCCUACAGUAUGGUGUACUCUGGAUUUCAAUUCGGUUCGUUUGCUGCACAACUGGGGGACGGCCGUGUGGUGAACCUGUUUGACCUGAAAGACAACCGCGAUGGUCAAUGGCAAACGUUCCAGUUGAAAGGGGCUGGCCUGACGCCAUUUUCCCGGUUUGCGGACGGUAAGGCUGUGUUGAGGUCGAGUAUACGUGAGUUCAUAAUGAGCGAGGCGUUGCACAGCAUUGGGAUUCCCUCCACAAGAGCCAUGCAGCUGACCUUGCUACCGGGCACCAAAGCGCAAAGACGCACGCAAGAGCCGUGCGCCGUGGUGUGUCGGUUUGCACCCAGUUGGAUUCGGCUGGGCAAUUUCAACUUGUUCAGAUGGAGACACGAUCUGGAAGGGUUGAUCAAGUUGUCGGACUAUUGCAUUGACGAAGUGUUUGACGGAGGCAAGCAGUUCGAGGGGAAACCCGACUUGAAUGUAUUCAAAAGCGACUUUUUCCCUGAUAAGGAACAGAAAAUCGACCAGCAAGUGGAACAGGAUGAGAACGACGAACAGGGAGCCUCCCUGGAUGGCGAAAUUUCUGCGUUGAGUAAGUACGACAAGUUUUUCAGACAUGUAGUCACUCUAAAUGCAAACACAGUGGCGCAUUGGCAAGCAUACGGGUUCGCCAACGGUGUCUUGAACACGGACAACACUUCAAUCAUGGGGCUGACCAUGGACUACGGCCCGUUUGCCUUUCUAGACAAGUUCGACCCGAGCUUCACGCCCAACCACGACGACACGUCCAACAGAUACUCGUUUGCCAACCAGCCCAGUAUCAUAUGGUGGAACCUGCAACAGUUCGCCAAGGAUCUGGCAUGCCUCAUGGGGCCCGAGGGACGCGACCUUGAGUCCUUGCUCAAGGGCGAGUUGAACGAGGUGGACGACGCCCUGGAGAAGACCAUGAUCGAGAGAGUGCAAAAGCUGGUGGAAUUGAACGCCAAUGAAUACAAGUACGUGUUCACCACGAGGUACGCGCAGCUGAUGUCUCAAAGACUCGGCGUCGAUCUGGACCUGGCAACGUGCAUGAGCUCCACCAAGCGUGAAGACAUCGAGCGUGCCGCGGAGAAAGCCCGCGAGUUCUGUACCGCCAUCGUCGAGCCAUUGCUGGACGUCUUGAAGAUCACGAACAUUGACUACAACAACUUCUUCAUCCAUUUGCAGAACUACAGGGGGCCCUUCUUCGUCAAGGAUAAGACCGAGGCAACAACACUCUUCGCAGCGUUCGACCAAGAAUACCUACAAAUAUUCUUCAACGCAAGCCAACUAGACCAAAUGGGGGAACACGAAAAAACCAUCGCGGCUGGUAAGAAGGUGUUCGACACCGACGGCGAAGUUCGCCUGCUGGACGAGAACCUGGAGAAAAUAUACGACUGGACACAAGACUACUUGGCACUAGCGCCCCCCACGAACGCCACGGCAAGAACCUCUCUCGCCAAGAAAUCCAACCCGCUAUUCGUACCCCGGAGCUGGGUGCUGGAAGAAGUGGUAGACGACCUGAUGUACAACCAAAGGGACGGCUUGCGGGAUCCCGCCUCGACGCUGGACACCUCCGCGCUCAAGAAGCUAUACCUGAUGAGCGUGAACCCGUACGACCGCGCCGGGUGGGACGCCGCGCUAAGACCCGAGCUGGAGCAGAAAUGGACCGACUUGUCGCACCAGGAGGGUGCCAAGUUCAUGAAACAGGCCUCCUGCAGCAGCUGA